AUGCUGGACGUUUGGAUGCCCCGCAAGGCCGAGGAGAUCGGAUGUUGUGAGUCAAAUAACUUCUUCGCAGCAAUCAAGGCUGUCUCUAGUCCCCCAGCCAAAGGUCCCGUCCCAAUUCUUAGCACCGGUGGAAUAAUCCCCAAAACCGAGAAGUCGCAGAUUGUGAAGCACUGGGGUGAGAAAUUCAUAGGCGUUCUGAACCGCCCAUCAACCAUCUCCGAUGCCGCUAUCGACCGGCUCCCUACGUGGAAAUCAACAUCAACCUGGAUUUGUCGCCCUGUAUUUCAGAACAAUUUCGAGCCGUGCAGAAACUCUUUCGCUGGAAUCGCAUCAGGACCUGGUGCUUUACAGCUGAGGAGCUGUUGCACGGCUCGGUGGCCACCGAGUGAUGGACCAAAUCCCAACGCUCUUCCAAGGAAGCUGACACUAAGAACAGGUGCCUUAAGAUUUUAA